GAGCAGCAGCUGCUUGUCGUCAUCCUAUCGCUCCUCGAUAUCAAGGCCGACGCGCAUAUUUCUAGUAGUGAUGUGCGGCACAAAGACAAGCUUGUACAGAAAUUCCAGCGGCCGUUAAGUCAGAACCUCACCAACGAUCCCCACAGUGCUGGUGUGCUGGACGAGGACCUUGAGGUCCUAGUCAUGUCCUACUAUAUGAAUUCCGGACUUAACCUGCAUUACAACUGCUGCAAUAUGCACGCUUUCUCGCCUGCUCCGUCUUCUCCCAUAUGGAUUCAAGCGUGUGGGCGAAUCGUGCGCUUUGGACAGACGAAGGACUGUCUUAUUAUCAAGUACUAUGUCAAAAAUACAAGCAACCACCGCCAGAUAGCGAAUGCGACCUCGAAUGCUCUUGCUGGCAUUUCCGCCUUAAUUAAUGGGUACAACAAGCGGGAGGGCGAAGUUUCUGUUAACAUUAAGGGUGUCAAGGUCGUCGGCGAUCAGAUCAGCGUCAGGCGGGAUAUUCUUAAUAAUUUCGUCAUGUGGAACAACAAGCUGUACGACUUAAACGACAAAGAGACUCCUAAAGGCGCUUCUACCACAGCUGCGCUCCUCAACGACCCAGAGACACUCACUCCCGCCAGGACUAUGGCAGGAAGGAUGCAACCUGUCACGCCAAAGGACACGCGGUCCUUUUCAGAGCGAUUGGGCUCGUCUGGGCAGCUGGCGCGCCUCAAAGAAGCACCAAUUGACGUCAACGUCAAGAUGCCAGAUAACAACAAGCGGCCUCCUGCCACGCCCAGCAAAAUCGGUCGUACCACCAAGGCUGGUGAGAAGAGGGCUAACGUGAAGAAGGGUGGUGACAAGAAGCCUAGCAAGAAGAAGACAAGCAGCAAUAAGCGUAAACAGACAGCUAAUAAUAAGUUGAGCCCUAAUACCCCUAAGCCCCAGCCUCAGCCCCGGUCUUGUUAA